UAACAGAAUUCCAGAAUAUAACAAAAUUAAUAUACGAAUUUUAAAUACGUUAUUAAAGUGAUGUUUGUUGCAUUUGUGUUUCAAUUUUGUUUUCCUGUGCAGUGCCACGAAUAUGAAUUACUUCUGAUUUGAUAUCUUGCUGGUUUUCGUUAGCAUUCCCUGGUGAAUACAAGAGUAACUAUGCCUAAGUCUUCUCCGGGAAAACGGCGCAAAAAAGAGACGAACAAGGAUGAUAACAGUAAGCAGGCGAAGAGAGUUAGACGGGCUAAAAACGAUGAAGCAAAUGAGAAGGAUGAAGGAGAGAAUGAGAGCAAUUUUGAAGAUGCCAAUGUUGAUCAUAGCAAGAGUGAUGAUGAUCCAUUUUCAGAACAGAAUUUUGAUAUAGAUCAUGAACUUGACAAAAAUGCCUCAAAAAGUAAUCUGUCUGUAUUUAAUGUAAAGAGCUUGAUUCAUCAUGUGUUGUCUGAUGAACGGGUGGUUGCAAUGGCAUGUAACAUUGCUGAAGGCAAAACAGAUGCUGAUGAUGAUGAUAAUGAGAAUAGAAAAGACAAGACCAAGGAUGAAAUAUGUUCAGCAUCCCCUGGUAUUAUUGAACCAAAACUGACACGAUCAAGAGUUCGUAAAGUUGCUGAAACAACUGGGACUGCUCCAGAUCCAUUGCUACUUGUGAAAGAGACUAUUAUACACUCGCCGGUAAAGAAUGUUAUAUCUCCAUUUAAACUGAAACGCAAAGCACCGGAUACUUUUAACACACAUGAUGAGAUUGAUAGAACUGAUCAAAAAGAAGAAGACAAGGAUGUCAACCAAGAGAUUGAGGUUCCCUUGGCUGAUCUUACCUUCUCGGAAGGCGGCUCUUCUGAUGAAGAAUAUGAUCCUUUGAAAGAACAUGUGGAUGGUAGUGAAGACGAUUCGGAGAGUUGUGUCUCUAGUACCAGUGACCUUGCUUCACCUGAGCCAUUACGUCGUACAUCACGAGUCAAACGGCGGUUACUGACAGAUCAGAUCAGCAGUCUUCAGCAUGAUGAUAAGAAGGAUGAAAAUACAGCUUUAACUACAGGUCCGGAAGAAUUGUCAUCUCAAUUCAAAGUUCCUCUACCGAUUUCAAAGUCAACAGAUAAGAAAGAAAUCGAGGAAACUGACUUGAUUGCGGAAAGAACAAGAUCUAGACUUCCACUGACUGAUACGAGCCUGGAAAGUAUAGAAGCUCAGUUUGUUCCCCCGGAUCAGACACCAGAUCUUUACGAUAUUAUCAAUCUUGAUGAUUUAGAGCAAGACGAUCUUGAUUGGCAUAAAUGGUUAUUUGGUCUUAACGCUGAGAAAGGAGCAACAGACACUGAAGAUCCUGAGGAUUCAGAGUAUAAUUUCAUGGCGGAAGAUCAGAAAGAAGAACAGGAAGAAUAUCGAACUGAUCGAGCUGUGACAAUCUCACAGAAAGAGUUGGCCGAACUCUUUGAAGAAUUUUUAGCCGAGUUCGGUGAUGAAAUUCCUCUGACGGAUGAAAGGAACAGUUUACAAGCGCUGGAAGCUCCCGCCGUACCGUAUAUAGAAGGAGUUGGAAUGACUUUGGAACAACGGGCGUGCUUGAUUACACAAUUACAAAAGCAUACUCAACUGCUUGUCCAAGUGACGCUGUUGUCUAAAGAACGUUCUGAUUUGAGUUUAAUAACAGAAUCAUGCGAAGGAUUACUUCAGGAUAUGAUACGCCUCAACGAUGUCUCCACGAGCAAUUACGUCACUCGAUUGGUAGAUGAUAAACACGCGACUCCUACUGUAUUUUCUUCCGUUAAACUUUCCGAGGCUCUCAGAGUAAUUAACCUUCCCCGUUCGUCUGAUACAUCGACUGCGACAUCGCCGAAGCCUGAAGACGAGUCACGUGAGAGCACAUCAGGUCCUGUCGCUAAGGAAGUGAUCAAGGUAAUAGUGUCAUCACCUGUGUUCAUAUACAGGGAAUUAUUACCUCAGGUCACCUUUGAUGCUGGAAAGACAACAAAUACUCGAGCAGCUUUCCUUCAGAGCGAGGACAACUUACUUGUGUUAGGAUUGGACCAAUAUGGCCAUAAUUGGAGUGAAAUUAGGAAGCAUUAUCUGCCAGCCAAGACUACCAAACAAAUCAAGAUUCGUCGCAAAAAUUUGUGUUCAAAUCGUGCUCCAGAUAAUGUCGUGAAACAGUAUAACGCCUCUCACGAGAUACCAAGCUUACCCACGGUUCCUGCUGCUCCAGCACCUGAAGCUCCGCGUCUUAUACUUCCUGCCGUUGUUGGAGCAGGUGCGAGUCCUGCGUUGUUGAAGAAAUCAAAUUCCCAGCAGACAAUUACUAACGGGAAGAAAAAACUUGGCAGGAAAAGAAAGAAUAUAAAGCCGGCCACUGUGAAGAUAUGCAAGACCACACCACAUCCAAAGAGUGAAAUAAGUAAAGAAAUUGCUGCCAAUCCGUUUGUUCCUGGUGUUUCAAAUAAGGUGCUGCCAGCCAACUUGGAAAAUUUACAACACAUGAAAAGUGGAAAUGUUGAACAAGGAACUUGUCCUACGUCAGUUCAUUAUCCACCGGUCUAUGGUAUACCAUAUGAGAAUAUUCCGACUAUUAUUGUGAAGGAUCCAGUCAUUAAAAACACCGAAAGUCUUCUAAUCAGCGGGCGACCGCCAGGUGUCCCGUUUAAUGUCCGCUUAGUGGAAGUUAGCAAAAAUGCUACAUUGGAAGGUAUUAACACCCAGGCCAACGGCAACAAUGCUGGUGGGAAUGGAAGCUCUACAAGAACCUCUGUUUCUUCACCUAACGACAGAAUGAGGCAAAUAUUGCCAUAUUUGAAGCCUUUGCUAAGGCCUGCUGAAAACAUGCCCGUACAAACGUUUCAAACAGUGCAAAGGCAAUCAUUGAAUCUAAAUAUCCCCGCGUCCACGUCGACAUCGCUACCAAGUCAAAUAUUAACAUCCCCACACCAACAGAACAUUCCCAUACCAGCCUCACAGACGUUACCGAAUCAAACAACUGUUGUUAGUUUCACACAAACCUUACCAACGGCUCAAAAACAGACGCUAACUCAGAGCUCUUCCACACCAACCACACAACUUGUAGAAAAUCAAACAUCGACUCCCGAACGCAGUUCCCCAAGUGAAAUCGCAGCUGAGAUGACUACGGAUCAUGCUUCUUGCACAAUUUUGCAAGGUUCAGAGAAAGAGAAUAUACAACCAACUAGCGAGGAAACUCUUGGUGGAAGCGUAGACGAUGGAAAUCGUGAAGGCCUGCCCACUGAUACAAGUGAAGAUGCAAAGAUUCGUGCUCUCUCAUUCGCGGAGUCAUAUCUCAACAAUGUCAAGAGAGAGGUGAAGAAAGACAGCCUUACUUAUCAAUCGUUCCUAAGAGUUCUCGCGGAUUCAAAAAUUAAUGCCUGGAGUCCAACAAGGAUUUACAAUGAAGUUGCUGUAGUUUUGAAAGAUUUUCCGGACUUGGUUCGUGAUUUUGUCGGUUUUCUUGAACCUCAUCAGGCCUUGGAUGCUGGAGAGUUUAUGCGAAAUAAGGAUAUUUUAAAAGCGAGGGCAUUUCUUGAGCGAGUUGAGAACCAUUUCUCAAAGAAUCAGUCACAUUUUCAAAAGAUUAUCAAGGCAUUCUCAGCGUUCAACUCGCGGGAAUCAUUAUCGAGUGAGAAAGAAGAGAAGUUGUACGAAGCAGUCGUUCCUCUCCUAAAGGGACAGCAAUAUCUGAUCGAGGAAUUCAAUUCAUUUUUCAAGCAAUUAAAACCCGAACAAUGCCACAGUGAUGAUUUUGAGGAAGUUGACCUUGGAAGUGGAAGUGAAAUCGAGGUUGAUGAUUUCGAAGAGCUUGUCAUACCAGACGUGAAGAAAAAUUUGACAAAGACAAGAGAAUUCGAUAAGACGCCGGUAAAACCUACCAAUAGGAAUAUCUCUAGAAAAUAUCGGAAGUUAAAGAAGGGUGACGAUAACGAUAAAAAUGCCGGUGAAAAGGACGGCGAUGAUCUUGAUGAAGCAAUCGAUAAUCUUGGAGAAGUGAAUGAUUUCCCUGAAGAUAUGGAGGAUAAUUGUGAUAAAGUUUUAGAAUCUGAUGAGGAGGAUUACGAUGAGGCCAUGGAUAAAAUUAACAGUGAUAGUGAAACACUGGAAAAUUUUACUGAUACCGAGAAUAUAACGAAAUAUGCCAGUGAUAAUAGCAACCCUAGUACUCCAGCUAGUGAAUGCAAGUCAGCGGAUGAUCCGUUUGAUGAAGAUUACAUUGAUUCACCUGAGGCAAGCCAAGAGAGUCAGAUUACGUCAGCAUCGGAAGCUUUUUCGGACUGGAGUAGUGAGACUAUUGAUAUGAUCGCAAUAACAAAUAAUUCCCCAGGGUCUUUGGUACAGUGCCAGAACUCGGCGGCUAGUGAUGAAAUAAAAUCAAAAAUUGUUUCUAUUGAAAGCCAAAAAAAUAUUGCAAUACCUGGUUCUUCAAAGUGUGGUUCGGAAGAGAAACCUGAAGACUCUGUACAGUGUGCAGGAGAUAUUUCUCAACACCAAAAUGUAAUACCUGUCAACAAAUCUUCAAAUGAUGUGGGAAAACGGAUUUCAGCGAACAAUCUUGACGUGGACGAAAAUGGAAAGUCGGUUAUCUGGACGAGGGACGAUGACAAGAAAAUCUUACAGCUGUUUCAAACACGAGGAUCGUCCGAAGGUAUUUAUCAAGACCUCGCACAACAACUUCAGAACAAAACCGCGGCUCAGGUGGAAAGUCGUUUUCGUGUAUUGCUCAGCUUGUUAUCUGGUGGUAAUAAUGAGCACAGUAGUAGUGAUCAAUCAGGAAGUGAAAGUGAGGGAGAAAGCUGUGAUGAAACUGUGGAGACGUAGGAAGAAUGAUUAUUGGGGUCAAAGAUAUGCCUACCUUGGCGAACUUUUUGUCGUUUAUUUAUUAAAGACAUCAAUCAAUGCGGUGCCUAGGUCAGGUAAUGCGCACCACCUAAUGGGGAAGCCGUACAGAAAUUUUAUACCAUGUGAUGCUUUCUAACGAUGCAGUAUUGUACAAAGUUGUUAAUCAUUAUUUUAAGAUGCUCUUGAACAAACGUUUGCCGUAUUUUUACUUUUUGUGUAAAGCGAGAAAGUGGUUAAAAAUUUGCCAGCACUUUAAAACACAAAAAUAUGC